UUUCCCGGUUUUCCAAGACAUAAACAUCCAAUCUCCCACGUAUACCCCCCUGAGCGAUCAGCAGAGAGCUGAGCAACGAGUGAAAUAUGAACUUCACACCCUUUGGGAACAACUUUCCCGGCAAUAUCCCCGGUCUGCCGCAGUUCACAACCAGCACGGCGCCCCUCGUCUCCUCACUAACCGCCGCCGUGGCUGAUGUGACGGUGACGGCCACCAAUAAUCCGCAGCAACAGCAGCAGCAGGAUGCCGGCGGCGGGAGCACACGCUACCAGCAGCAACAGUCCGCCACCACAGUGGGCAUGACGCACUUCAGCCAGCCGUCCAUGUCGGCGGGGCAGAGUGGCGGCGCAGGCGCGGUCAGCAGCAAGUUUCGCAGCGGACAGGAGGAGGGCAUGCAGGGCGACAAGUACAAUGGGCAUCUGGUGUCCACAGCGCAGCAGCAACAGCAACAGCAGCAGCCGCAGUAUGCCACAGUGGCGUAUGCCAGUGCGACGGCAACGAGUGGGUCCGCCGAUGCGCUGCAGGCAGGCACCUCCAGCCAGGCACAGCAGCAGCAGCAACAACAACAGCAGAUGCAGCAGCAACAGGUUGCGGCGCCGCAGGAACUCACACAGGAUCUGUGCAAUGCCAUUCUGCAGCAGCAAGUGCUCCAAAACACCUCCUGGCAAACGCUUACGCCGGGCACCACCGUCGCCGAUUACCUCUCUCAUCUUCCGGCCAACACGCUGCCCCUGUCGCUGCAUCACUUCCUCAAGUACUCCGCGGAGACGAUCAAGAAGGAGAACCAGCAGAAUGUGGUGCUGCAGGUGCAAACGGGACCAGCCAUAGGCAUCAAUACCAUUGGCACCACAACCAUUAGCAUACCUCAGCAGGAUCAGCUGACGAUGCAGCAGCAGCAGGCGACGUUGCAGGUGCAGGCACAGGCGCAAACGCAGGCGGCAGUGGCUUCCACUUCGACGGCGACAGGCGUCGUUGCCACCACCAGCAGCGGCACCAAGAAAAAGAAACGCAAAAAGCGAAACAAGGACCGCAAGCCCAAGCUGCGUCCGGGCGAGAUACGACUUGGCACAGCGCUGGACGGCAGCCCGCUGUACAUGUGUCCCGAGUGUCAUGUGGCCUAUCCGGAGCCGGAGCUGCUCGAGGUGCAUCUGGUGGGGCACAACCUGGAGAAGCGUUACGUGUGCGAUGUGUGCCAGGCGUCGCUGAAGCGCAAGGAUCACCUCACGCGCCACAAGCAAUCGCACAAUCCAGAGCGGCCCUACAUCUGCACCGUCUGCCUGAAAGCCUUCAAGCGCAAGGAGCAACUGAGUCUGCACUUUGUCAUCCACUCGGGCGAGAAGCGGCACCAGUGCCAGGAGUGCGGCAAGGGCUUCUAUCGCAAGGAUCACCUGCGCAAGCACACACGCAGCCACAUAGCGCGCCGUGUCAAGGCCGAGCUGAACAGCCAUGUGCGGCGCGAGAACGGCACCAGCAUGCUCCAGCCAGUGGUGACGGAGGCAACCACUGCCGCGCUGCAGCAUGCCAAUCAGCUGGCCAGCCAGCAGCAACAGUUGCAACAGCAGCAGCAACAGCAGCAACAACAACAACAGCAGCAGCAGCAGCAGCACCACAUCGUGAUCACCCAGCAACAGCAGCAACAGCAACAGCAACAGCAGCAACAGCAGCAGGCACCUCAGGUGCAGCAGCAACAGCAGCAAAUGCUAAAUUAGCCAAAUGAUUUUUGUAAAGUCAGUUAAGCAAAAUUCAAUUCCGCCACACAGGCAGCCGCCAGCAGACACAAACACAGCUGCUGGUGGCUGACCCAAAAAACGCAACUCUCUCGGUCCACACAAUUUAAUUGACUCCGCAAAUCGGAUAGAACUCACUGACGAUAUCAGCAGGUUCGCUAGCAAAUAUCUCGGGAGCUACCACUCCAAGGCAGCUCCCAAUGUUGUACAAUUUUAAAGGUAAGCCACACAGAAACACACACAACCCACACA